AUGCGUUGUUUCCGCGUCGCGAUCAUGGGUUCUGGAGGGGUGGGUAAAUCUGCCGUGGUGCUGCGAUUCAUGAACGGAGAGUUUUUGGAUAUAUAUGAUCCGACAAUCGAGGACAGCUACCGCCGUCAAUUCGACGUCGACGGCCAACCCUGCGUCCUCGACAUUCUUGAUACGGCCGGAACCGACCAAUACUUGACUUUCAACGACUUGUUUAUCCGCGACAGCCAGGGUUUCGUUCUCGUCUUCAGCCUCACGCAGCGGGACACGUUUGAGGAUCUCCGACGGGUACGCAUGGAUAUUGAACGGCUCAAGGCGCCGGGAGGGCAGCAUGUGCCAAUGGUUAUUGUUGGGAACAAGGCCGACCUCGAUAUGUAUCGCGACGUCAUGUACGACGAGGGCAUCAAGCUAGCCGCCGAGGCAAACGACACAACACAAACAUCGACGAAGUGUUCGCCUCAGUCACGCGUCAGAUCCGCUCAAACCCCCUGCUAG